GUUGUCUGCAAAGCCCACGACUCUAUACCCCCUACAUUCCUCACCAUUCCUACCCUCUGUCUAUUCCCCUCGAACUUCAGACCAAAAAAACAUGACAACCUACGGUAAAAUCCCGAUUUCCUCCACGCCAGGGCCCGCCACGAACCUCCAAAACCUAUCUCAAGCCAAGGAACGUAUGAAAGAAGGGCUCGGAGCUCGACGUCCAUGGAAACUCAUGUUCAGCAUCCGCUCCUUCAACUUCCCUGGAAACCUCUCCGAAGCCAUUUUCAGGGUGAGACCCAACUUAGCUUACUUCUGCAUGAACUAUGCCAUAAUCGUGGUUUUGAUCCUUUUCCUUAGCCUUUUAUGGCACACCAUCUCCCUUAUAGUCUUCCUAGUCAUGAUGGCCGCUUGGUUGUUCUUGUACUUCCUACGGGAUGAACCCUUGGUUAUUUUCAACCGUACGAUCGAUGAUCGUGUGGUGCUGAUCGUGUUGGAGCUUUUGACCAUCGUGUUUCUUCUGUUGACUCAUGCCACCCUCAAUAUUUUUGGUAUCGCUUUUGAUUGGUGCGGUUUCGUUUUGGUGCACGCUUCUUUGAGGAGGACUGAUGAUUUGUAUGAUGAAGAAUCUGCUGGCUUGAUGUCAGGACCUUCAUUUUCUUCUUCAUAAUUGUGGUGUUUUUUAAAAUUUUUUUGUGGGGUUGAGUUAUUAUUGAUAUUACUAUGAUCUCAAAUUUUUUGUUUUUUUGUUUCAUAGUGUUCUUUAAUUUAACAUUGUUAAUUAAGUGCCAAGUUGAAGAUGUUUUCGUUUGGCCCCCUGAAUCAUAUCUGACUGGAAGUUGUGCAAGUGGCAGUUUUGAAUAGUGGAUGAAGGAAUCUGUUGCUCAGAUCAUCUGAUCUUCUUCUGACAAUUGUGUUUUUUUCUCUGGUAAUUGAGAAUUCUCUUACCUUCAGUACUGAUAUAUAUGCACCA